AGCAUUUAAUACUAUAGGAAUUUAAAAUGAUACUAAAAUUAAAAAUAAACUUUUGCCAAAUUGUCAGGAUCCGGCGAUGAAUUUUGCUCCUAUUUCAAGCCAGGUUCAGUUUCUAAACUACUGAGGCUCUUAGUAGCUAGUGUAUAUAUAUACACACACAUAGACUAACUCAUUAACAAACCAAACAAAGAUAGCAAGAACAUGGAUAACGUACGUGAAGGGCGGUAAUCGUAGCUAGCCCCACUGCCCGACGGGGAUACCCAUCAGCCAAGAGGCACCAGUACGACAGGCCGCGCGCCGCCGACGAUGUCUUCCUUGGCGGCGGCUGCGGCACCCGACCUGCAGGUGGACGAGGCCGUAAGGAGGAGAUGGUGGCCAUGGCCGCGCAGUUGCUCCUCCAACACUACUAGAAGGAAGGCCCUGCUGGCCAUCUGCGCCGGGGCGACCGUCAUCGUCGUGCUAUUCGCCGGCGGGAGCUCACCCGACGGGAUGCUGCACUCCUUGCUCUUCCACCACUUACAAGGUUUUGAAGACAGACCACCAUUUAACCUCACCACCGACCAUCUCCUCGACGGCCUUCUCACGGCUGAGUACGGCUACCAGUCGUGCCGGAGCCGAUAUGAAUUCGCCGGUUACCACAAGAAAUCGUCGCAUCAGCCAUCACCCUACCUCCUCGCCAAGCUGCGGAAGCAAGAAGCACUCCAAAAGCGAUGCGGCCCCGGCACGGCCGCGUACAAGAAGGCACUCCGGCGGCUUGAAUCCAACGCUGCCGACGUCGAGGACGACGAUGACUGCCGGUACCUCGUGAACAUCAGCUUUCGAUUCCGAGGCCUCGGCAACCGGAUGCUCGCCGUCGCGUCGGCCUUCCUCUACGCGGUGCUUACAGAGCGCGUCCUCCUCAUCAACGCAGACAAGGGUGAUGUGCCCGAUCUCUUCUGCGAGCCCUUUCCAGGCGCGACGUGGCUGCUGCCGCGCGCCGGUCGCCGCUCCCCGCUCACGAAGCUCGAUGAUUACCAGGGGGGGUCGAAGGAGAGCCUGGGGAACAUGCUGCAGAGAGGCGUCGCCGGCGUGUCCGCCGACGGGAACAUGUCGUGGCUGUCUCCACCGCAGCCGCCGCCAUAUGUGUACCUCCACCUCGCUGGCGUGUACGGCUUCCACGACAAGCUUUUCUACUGCGGGGAGCACCAGCGGCUCCUCCGCGGAGUGCCGUGGCUGUUCAUGAGGGCGGACGGCUACCUGGUGCCCGGGCUGUUCCUCACGCCGCCGUUCGUCGGAGAGCUCGAGGCCAUGUUCCCGGAGAAAGACGCCGUGUUCUACCACCUGGGUCGAUACCUUUUCCUCCCCAGCAACGCCGUCUGGCGCGCUGUCACGAGCUACUACAGCGCCAACCUCGCAGGCGUCGGCCGCCUCGUCGGCAUCCAGAUCAGGGUGUUCCAGGAGAAGAAGCCGCCGCAGCAAAUCCUGGACCAGAUCCUGUCCUGCGUCCGCGACGAGAAGCUGCUCCCAGAGACGACCACAAAAGACAACGGCACGUCGUCGCCCUACGGUGUCCUUGUGACGUCGCUGAGCUCGUGGUACUACGAGAGGCUCAAGGGCGAGUACGGCGGUAGACUCGCCGGCGGCGUGCACCAGCCGAGCCACGAGGGGCGGCAGCGGUUGCGCAACGAAGCGCACGACGUGAAGGCGCUGAGCGAGAUGUACCUGCUCAGCAUGUGCGACGUGCUCGUCACCAGCGGCUUCUCCACGUUCGGGUACGUCGCGCAGGGCCUCGGCGGGCUGCAGCCGUGGGUCAUGUCGAGGCCGUCCCCGUUCGAGGAGUGGACGGAGGGUCAGGCGGCGCCAGAACCGCCAUGCCAGCGCGCGCUCUCCGUCGAGCCUUGCUUCCACUCACCAUCGUCCUAUGACUGCACGGUGAGGAGAGACGUGGAGCUGGACAAGGUGACGCCCUACAUCAGGCGCUGCGUGGACGUCAGCUGGGGCAUAAAGCUUGUGAAUCAAAGCCGCGACGGUCAGUGGUAGCAUUUGUCAAAUAGGCGCCGUAUCUAGGCACUUGAACCGGCCUACUCUUUGUUCCUUGUUCUGAACGUUACUCCUUUUUUCCAUUUGAUUAAAC